GUUUUAGCCCAGGUGCGCCUCUACUCUGAUCAUUACGGUAGCUGAGACAGACUUCACGGUGCUCCGCUGCUACAGUCAGUACGGUAUGUGAACGCCGCAGUCUGUGUUUAUCCUGCUGCACCGCUGCUCGACUCUCUGCUCCUCAGGCUUAUUUCACCUUAUUAUCUGGAUCCAAACUUAGUGUUUUUCAGGUACAAUUCUUAAUUUUUUAUUACAGCUGCAAAGAACUAAGAACUAAGGCGUAGAAUAAACAUUUGUGUGACGCAGCUGUGAUCUCUGGAUCAUAAUUUAGUCCUGCGUAAAAGUAAACUCGGUAAUUUUAUUUUGCUGCAGCGUCCAGCUGUGUCUGCGAGUUUAGACGCAUAUUGUUGUGCUUUAUAUUGCAUUUAAUCCCCAUAUCGUAUCACCAUAGCUUUGCUGUAAUAUUCUUGUUGGAGUUUGUUGUUUCGCUGCGAUUUUAGGCCCCUAACGCGUCCUUUUAAACCCGCAUCAUCAGACCCACAGCUCCUCUGCAUAAAGGUGAUCAUCGGGUGAAACCAGGAGGAGGAGAAGGAGGAGGAGGAUUCAAAAACAAGGCAGCUGGGCCUGAAUACGGUUCGGGGCUAUAAUAAGAAUACCACAAUUAUUUGUCGAGUUGAUUAUAUAGAAGUCUGGGUUCAUGCCGGAUUUCGAGCACUUCAGAUUUUCCUAUUCCAGCAUGAAUCCGGUCCUGGGGGAGAGUGGCUUCCUGGCCCCGCAGCAGCAGCACCACCAGAUGACGGGCCAGAGCGACUCCGCCGUCCCGGAGCCUGGCUACUUCUUGGGGGACCACGGGUUCGGGCCUGAUGGGCUGUCGGGGCUGGACCUGGGCGCCCUUCCGCCCUCAGGCCUCGCCUACCUGCACCUGAGCGCCCCGCUGCACCGUGUGCCCCCUGCGGCCACGGCGCUGCGCAACGACCUGGGCUCCAACAUCAGCGUCCUGAAGACCCUGAACCUGCGCUUCCGCUGCUUUUUGGCCAAAGUGCAUGAGCUGGAGCGCAGGAACAAGGUGCUGGAGAAGCAGCUGCAGCAGGCUCUGGAGGACAACUGCGGAGGAGAUGGACACCAGAAGCCGCUGACUAAAGACAUGGGGGUCCAGACUGGAUUUAUUGGGCCUAUUCCAGCCAGACCGGGCCUGAUCCCGCUCCAUAACGCCAACAACUCGGCCUACCUGCCCGGCGGCCUCCUGUCUCCCACCCUGAACCCUCCUCCUCUGUUUGACAACAAAUACCUGCUGGGGACCAACCUCAACCCGAGCACACUCUCCACGGAUUCAAACUCCAACCUCACCACGACCGGUUUCUCCGUCAGCCCGGCCCUGAGUCCUACCGACCCGUCCAAAACCAUCACCAACAUCAACGAGAAAUACGCGUCUAACGCCGGGACCAACACCAACAACGGCCCCCCUCCUCCCCCGCGCUUCCUCCCCGGGACCAUCUGGUCCUUCAACCACACCCGCCGGUUCGGCUCCGGGAGGGAGUCCUGCCCCGGGGUCUCCUGGACGCACCCGGAUGGCGUUGGGGUCCAAAUCGACACCAUCACACCUGAGAUCAGAGCCCUGUACAACGUGCUGGCCAAGGUGAAGAGAGAAAGAGACGAGUACAAGAGGAGAUGGGAGGAAGAGUACACAGCCAGAAUGGAUCUGCAGGAGAAGGUGGCUGAACUGGAGGAGGACCUGCAGGAGAGCGAGGUGUGUCAGGAUGAGCUGGCUCUGAGGGUGAAGCAGCUGAAGGCGGAGCUUGUUCUUUUUAAAGGACUUGUCAGCAACAACCUGUCAGAUCUGGACAGUAAGAUCCAGGAGAAAGCCAUGAAGGUGGACAUGGACAUCUGUCGCCGCAUCGACAUCACCGCCCGCCUCUGUGACGUCGCCCAGCAGAGGAACUGUGAGGACAUGAUCCAGAUGUUUCAGGUGGCCACGCCCCCCUCCACUCUGAGCGGCCGGGCCAGAAAGCAGAGCGGGCAGUCGGCGAAGGGCGGGGACGGAGACGAACUGAGCAUGUCCGAGGGUGAGGGAGGCGGGGCUAAAGACGAGGAGUCGUGCAGCUCGUCGGCCAAUCAGAUCAACGAGCAGAUGCAGAGGAUGCUGAAUCAGCUGAGGGAGUGUGAGUUCGAGGAUGACUGUGACAGUCUGGCCUGGGAGGAAACAGAGGAGACUCUUCUGCUCUGGGAGGAUUUUCCUGGAUACAGUCUGGGAGUGGAAACACAAGGAGAGCUGCAGCAGGACGAGUCCAUUGAGGAGGUGAUUAAAGACACGGAGUCUCUUUUCAAAUCCAGAGAGAAGGAAUACCAGGACACCAUCGGACAGAUUGAGCUGGAACUGGCCACAGCCAAGAGUGACAUGAACCGCCACCUGCACGAGUACAUGGAGAUGUGUUCAAUGAAGAGAGGGCUGGACGUCCAGAUGGAGACGUGCAGGAGACUCAUCACACAGAGUGGAGACGGGAAGUCUCCCUCACUCAUCACGCUGACGGUGGACGACUCUGACGGCGAGGAGAAGAAGAAAGCAGCAGCUCUGCCUGCUGAGUCAGAGCCCAGCGAGUCUUACUGCGGCGCCAACGCCUCCAUCCCUCCUCUGACCUGGAGGAAACCCUAACACACACUCCACCACGCUGCUGCUACCCUGACCUAACCUCACAUCAGUCUGUUGUGUUGAUACGAGGACACACAUCUCAAAUUAGGUCUUUUUUUGUUUCCCUGCAGUUAAAAUUAUUUAAAAACCAGCAGAGGUAAAAUGUUUUAUCUUGAUCUUUAAGCUGCUUACUGGAUGCCGACCUGACAGCAGGUGAUUUAGGGAAAAAAGCUGAAUCAAAUCGGUUUCUGGCGCCAGAAAAGUUACAUCAGAAAACCAGAGUUUUGCAAAGCUCAGAUAGAAAACUAUAGAAAGAAUUAAGCUUGAUCAAAAAUCAAUAACUCUUCACUUUGUGUUUAAGUGCUGCCCUCCCGUGGUUAUCAGCUGUAACUGCACCUCAAUAAGUCAAAAACAACAAAACGGCACUUUGAAAGACAUUUCACUGAUUCUGUUUGUUGAUGAAAUGAAAAUGACGUUUUAUUUUGCUGUUUUUUUUAGUGUGGGAGACGAUUAUUUUUGCACAAUUUCCGUACUAAUGCCUUUCAGCUGCAGCUGCACAGAGACGUAAUGACGCACAAGAAAUAGUUUGCACACAACUGUUGGUUACAGUGGUAGAGAGUGAUCACGUGUAUGAACAGUUUUACUAUUUAUUUAUUAUAAUGAAAUGCUUGUUUUUAUUACUAAUAAUCCAGUCAUGUGCUGCAUCUUUAAAGAGUUUAACUCCUGAUUCGCCUGUUCACCAUUCUGACGGUAAAGUUUGACGAAAAAACAUUUAACAGAUCUCCAACUAUAAAAGCCGAACUUGCCUUAAACUGAAAUCCAACAUUUGAGGAAUUUGACACCUUCUCUAAUAAAAAAAAACAUUUUUUCAUAUAGAUGAGUGAAAGUUUGUUCACUAUAAACAUUUAAUAUUUUUGUGCAUUUAACCAAAAUUAAUUUAAAUAAAUAUAAAAGUAAAUAUUUGGGAAAUCCGCCUUAGAUUUCUGAAUUCAAACUCCUUUUUUGUGUGUUAAGGACAGAUGUAGGGCUGUAAUUAAUGAUUAUUUCCAAUAAUUUAAAAAAAGUCUUUUUAUAUAGAUGAUUUAUAAAUGAUUUAUCAAUCAUCAAACUGAUUGCAGAUUUAGUUUCUGCUCUUUUGAGCAGAUUUUCUUUCCUCUUAAAACAUAAAGGGAAGGUGUCAUAUUUAUACGCCAUCAAUCAGAAGCCGAGCUACAUGUUAGCAUCAAUGCUAACAGAGCUCUAUAUGUAAUGAAAUUAUUGCACAUUUCAUACAUUGCUGCUGCGAAGAUAACGGAUUUGUUUGAAAGAACUUGUCUGUGGUUUUGAGACGGUUGGCAACAACAGAAAUUAAAUUUAGUUUUUAUUUUACAAAACUAAAAAACCUAUUUUAAAAAUGUACAGUUUGUAAAGGCUAAAUAUUGUAUCUAAUGUAUAUAACGAGGCUGUGAAUAAUGCUAAACUAUGUGUAAAAUGUAUCAAUUUAUAUAUAGAUUUCUGUUAGUUUAAGCAUCGUUAUUACUAUCAACAUCUUAGUAGCACAGUACAGCCGGCAUCAGUACGACUUAAGAAAUGUCUCUAAAAGUGAAUUUAGGUUCCUGUGCAUGUUUGUGUACAUUUGUGGAGGAACGAAGCCAUUCUGCAGAAGCUGUGUUCAAAGUGUUGACUUUGUUUGUGCCAGUUUUCUGUCUCUGUUGACAUGAAUGUGUCUCCUCUUCAAUCACUGAAACAUCUCUCAUUAAAUGAAUGUCUGCUUAUUCAAUAACCUGCCAUGUUCACUACGAAAAAACAGAUCCAUUAAAGGAAUACUUUUAGUUUUAGUCCUGUACAUUUUCUUCUCUUAACACAUUUCUAAAAAAAUAAAACAAAAAAAAGCUUGUUUCCAUGUACUGAACUCUAAUUUUACACCAUCCACAGAAAGUGCUCAGAGAAGAAGUGGACUAAAAUGUCAAAUUAUUCCUUUAAUGUCAAAAGGAGAAACAAAGCAAAGCAACUGCAAGUGUACAAUAUAUUUAAAGCAAACUAGACGUCACUCACCUCAUCAAACUGUGUGCUUCAACUCAACUGUUGACUUCUAUAUUAUCAGAAUGUAAAUAGCAUCUGUAGAAAGAGCAGAAAACAGGAAUGAAUCAAGUGUGAACAGAGAGAAAACCACUUAAA